GAAAAUUCGAACAAAAAAUUAAGAUUGUUGGAGCUCCAGUGGACAUAGGAUGAAUUUCAAUCAGAACCCCUGUGUGACCAACUACUUUCAUAGCUAUGCUAGCCGGAGGGUAGCAAAUAACCCAUUUCUUUGCAGCAUCAAUAAUCAGGCUCAAGCUGUUCACCAAGAAAUACAUGGACGAAUUCCAAGAAACAUUACCAUUGACGGUCUUCAAAAGGUCCGCAAGUUUCUUGAACAGUGGAUACAUGCAAACCUGCAGUGCCAACUUCAAGGAUGCAUGUAUCAAUGUAGCGCACGCAUUGCGCGUAUUUUGCAGCACAUAGCGGAGUGCAACAAAAAUGACUGCCGUUGCGUUACAGUGAAGAAAUGGAUGGGUCAUUUCGCAUCAUGUUGCGGAAAUUGCUUUGUUUGUGGUCCAGUUUAUGAGGCAGUUUUCAAGCCAAAUUAUUGUAAAAGGAAAUCUCCAGUUCUUUUUGAUACUGAGACUGAUGUUAUGCAUCCUACUAAAUUUCCAAGAGCUGAGGAUGGUGGAGAAUUAGUAGAUGUGGUGAGAAGAUAUGUACAUCAAUUUCAGGAUACUAAUGAACAGUCAACAGUUCAUAAUGACCAGCGACGAGGAAAUUUGUAUUCAGGUGCUGAAGUUCCAUUAGAUCCUCAGAUGUCACGUUUUGCUCCCUUUUCAAGCCAACUCACUCCGGAGCAGGUUACAGAAAUGAACUGGAUGCAGACUCAGGGUAUUAAUCAGAUGGAAGUAUAUAGAGUUGAUGCAGUAGAUGGCUCAAAUCCUUUUUAUAAUAGCCAUGAUACCAAUAAUUACAGCCAACAAGACCAAGUUAGAAGCAGACCUUUGAAUCCUGCAACCAAUGUUAUUGUUCUGGAUGAGGAUGAUCAACAUAAUCCCUUUGUUGUAGAAAACUUUAAUGUUCAAUAUGCACAAAAUUUCGAAAAGAAUUUCAAUCAUGAACCAAAUGGCAGUAACUUCCUCAAGUCAGCCACUCCUGGUUCAGUUUUGAAUACUUCAGUAUUUGACCAAAGUGCACAGAAGGAAACAAAUGCAGCCGUGUAUGCGGAUUUUUCUAUAGAUAGGAUUCCUUUCCCCAGUGAAAAUGCAGUAGAGCUUUCGAAUCCUUCUCACGAAAAUCAUGAUACCCAUGAUUAUUAUCCUGCAAUUGCGCCUGCUGAUGAGGAUGAGCAGACCAAUGAAUACUUGCUAGAGGAAACCAGAAAAGAAAAUAGAGAGGCUGCUCAAUUUGAGGCCCUUGUUGAAGAAAUUAAUAGUACAGUUCAAUGUGAGCAAGAAGUAGAAAAGAAUCUGUUUUCAACCAUGAACCUGUCACCGGAUGCUCAUGUACAAAAGGAUACUGAAGUUAACCAAGAACUGGUAGGCUCAAUUGAUGAAAACUUGGGUAAAGUUUAUUCAAUGGUCAACAUCGUUCCUUCUGAUGAAGGAAUGAACGAAAACUCCUUUGAAGAAAUGAGCAGUAUUCAAUUUGACCAACAAGUGCAAAGCGAGGAAAUCAGUAAUGAAGAUAGAGAGGCGGUUCAACUUGAGACCCUUUUUGUUGAAGAAGACACUAUUGCUCAAUCUGAGAAAGUAGAAAAGAAUUUGGUUUCAGCAAUCACCUUACCAUCCGAUGAUCAUGUACAAAAUGGCAGUGAUAACCAAGAACUGGCAGGCUCGAUGAUUGAAGAUAUUAAUCCUUCUGAUGCGGCAAUGAAGGAAAAUUUCUUUGAAGAAAAGACCAGUGUUCAAUUUGAUCAAAAAGCAGAGGCUGAGUUUGAUACUAAGGAUGACUUUAAAGUCUCCAAUAUUCUGAUUCCUUCAUCUGAUCCUUUGAAUUGUGCCUCUUUGAUCUACUACAUGACCCCGGGGCAAAUUAGAGAGCACAUUUCAGCUCUAAAGCCUUGCAGUAAUCAGGGUGAAACCACAAUAAAAGAUGAAAACAACUGCAGCUUGUGUGAGUCGGGGGAAAUUCCUUUCAAGAUACAACCUACAUUUUGCAAAAGAUGUGACGCACGCAUAACGCCGAAUACACUCUGUUACCGAGAGAGAAAUAUCAAUUCGAUAUAUGAUGGAACUUAUGCGUAUUUGUACUACUGCAGGAAGUGCAAGAACAAAGAAAAUCUCAGUGGGGGAGAUCCGACAAGAAUUGGACAUAACGAACCUUGGGUAUCAUGCAAUAGCUGUGGUAGGUGGCUACAUCAGAUAUGUACUCUCUUCAAUGAGAAAAAGGAUGAGAGUGGUCAAGCUGAUCAUACUUGCCCAGAAUGCUAUUUAAGAGCAAUACAAGGCGUCAACCAUACGAAAUUGGGGCAUAAUGAAAUUUUGGAGGCAAAGAACUUACCGCGAACUAAGCUGAGUGAUCAUAUAGAGCAAUGGCUUUCAAGGAAGUUAGAGGAAGAUAGGCAGAAACGAGCAGCUAAGUUAGGGAAGAAUAUUAAUGAGGUACCUGCAGCGGAAGAUCUUGUUGUCAGAGAAGUUUCAUCAGUGAACGAAAAAGCACAAGUCCCGGACAUAUUGCAUAAAAUGAUUUCUAAAGAUAACGAUUAUCCGAAAGAGUUCCCUUACAAAUCAAAGGCCUUAAUGUUGUUUCAGAAAAUUGGGGGAACAGAUGUUUGCAUUUUUGCAGCCUACACUCAGGAAUAUGGAUUCGAGUGCCCAGAACCAAAUAGAGGGCGCGUUUACUUAUCUUAUAUCGACUCUGUGAACCAUUUCAGACCCAGAACCCAGGCUGCAAAUGAUGAGCCUCUUCGCACUUUCGUUUAUCAACAAAUAUUGAUUGCAUACCUCGACUACUGCAAGAAGAGGGGAUUCAAGAACGUCCAUUUGUGGGCCUGUCCAUCUCCAAAGCACAGCGACUACAUCUUCAACUGUCAUCCCAAGGAACAAAAGAUGCUUACAGAUAAAAAUCUUAUAAAAUGGUAUCACAAUCUCGUAACUAAGGCGAAGGCGGAAAAUGUUGUGGUUGACAGCACAAGUUUUUAUCACAAAUAUUUUUUGAGGGCUGGUAAUGAAGAGCUUAGCAAUAUUGUGAAGAAACUGCCAUAUUUUGUCGGUGACCAUUGGCCGACAAAAUUUGUGGAUUUCACAAAGAAAGGAAAAUCAAAGAAGCUGAACUCUAUAUCGAGAGAGGUUGAAGCUUUGAUUCUUGAGGCAAAAGACAACCUUAUCAUCAUCAACUUGCAGCAUGAAACAACAGGGAAUUUUAAUAUGGAAGACUUGCACAUUACAAAUCAGGACAAGGUUGGAAUGGAUGAAGAUGAAAACAUAUCCAGUAAAGUUUUGAAUACAGCGCUAGGUUUUCUGACGUUUUGUCGUGAGAACUGCUUUCAGUUUGAUACACUUCGAUGUGCAAAAUAUUCAACAAUGAUGAUGCUGUAUUAUUUAGAUAUCGAAGCUAAGGAAAGUGCUGAAGUAGUUGAUCGAAUCCCAAACGAGGGCAUUAGUUGAUACUUUGAGAACCUCCAAAUACUAUGUCAUUUGCACAAGGAAGCAAUGGAGAAUGAUUAAAGAAUGGAUAAACUCACAAAGGAGAUCAUGAGCUGAACAGGAACAAGCAAACUCAAGGAAAGAACAGAAGACAAAGCAAAGGAAAAGGAUCCAAGUUUCAUCAUGACUAUAAGGAAUUGGAAGAAGAAGAGAUGCAGGAAUUUACCAUGUCACAGUUAAUAGCUUUUUUUGUUAAAAAAGUAAUCUUAUAAAUUAACCAAUUCUUUGAUUUUAUGCUGGAAUUUAUUGUAGAAGUUCAUGCUCACCUUCAUGCUAUCAAGAGCAUGAUAAUGAUGAUUCAUUGCAUACUACAGUAUUUC